GUCGUUGUCGUUCUGAGCUUGAGCUUGCUUGAGCCUUUACUAAGCUGGCGGCUUCAAGAGCCAGGGUCAGGGUCUCUUUCAGCUUUCCCCGCAUUCCACACUUGUAAGCUUUGAGCUAUGCUAGCCUGAGACUCAGGAGACAAGCUCGGCAUAUUUUAAAGCCAAGAGCCCAUGUGCUAUGCUCGAGUCUUCACGUUCAAUUAUGCAGCGCGAUGAGGCUGCUCGGCCUCGGCCCGGUCUACUGAUGACCUCAGCUCCCACCAGCCCUACCAGGGUCAAAAGGGAAGACGUAUUUGGAGCUGAGAAUCUCGGGCACAUUCAAGCCGUAAGCAAGCGGACCGUAUGCGACAACUGUCGCAGGAGGAGCGCGACUCUCACAUGCAAGAGAGACCAUGUUCCCAAGAAAAGGGGCCCCAAACGCGGCCAUGGGCGCGUCAUUAACGAGUUGCGGGCACAGGAGAAGAAGGGUACCCGCGGUUUAGAAAACACCAGUGGCUCUGACAUUGACGCAGAAAAUUAUAACUCAGCCCCGACAACUGCUCCACAGUCUGCAGCCUCAUCGCCACCAUCACAACCAUUUAUACCGUGGACAUCAGUGACCUCAGACCCCAGAAACGCCCCUGAGCCUAAAGGCCCAUUUACAAGCGACGCUUACCAGCCUCGAAUCAAGGAUUAUCACUAUCUUAUCCCAGCUUGCGUUGACCUGUAUUACGAACAUAUUUAUCCCAUCAUGCCUCUUGUCUACAUGCCAUGGAUACGAAGCACAAUCGUGCGAUCCAUGACAUCUUCUGAGAAGAACUUGGUGUACGCUUUGAGCGCCCUUACUUCUUUUCAUAUGGCUGGAAAGUCAUUAGCAGUGCUUGGUCAGCCACCGUGGGAGGAUGUCGGCCGUUUCUUCCUUGACGAGUGCAUAUCCAUUCGGCAGAAAUACGAUUUCUUGGAGGACACUUCUCUCGCUGCUGUGAUAUCGUCCUUCUGGCUCAGCACAAGCUUCUUCGAGAUAAACCAGAGCAGGAAGUCAUGGUUCUACUUACGCGAAGCGCUGACCCUAGCUAUCGAGCUCAAAUUACACGACGAUGCGGCUUAUGCCGGAAUCUCAUCUGAAGAAACGCUCUGUCGGCAGCGCGUGUUUUGGAUCCUCUUCGUCACCGAACGAAGUUUCGCGAUUCUCAGGAACAAACCUCUCACUCUCCGAAAAACUCCAAGUUUACCGACGACAAAGCAUAACUACGAAGCAUCCGACAUCCAUGUAGGGUUCAUGAAGCUGGUCAAUAGCUACACACCAUUAGACGAGAGCUUUGUUGCAGCGUGGAACGACGGUAGUGAUCCCCGAGUCUCGGCCACAACAUAUCUCAAUCUGCAGCGUCUGCUCGCUCAGCCGUUGGAUUUCCUGAGACCAAAGAAAAGCCCAAGCCCACCGAAAUUACUACUAAACGUGGAUCUAAGCUCAGAAGAGGACGAUGAUGAGCCGGACCCGACGACUAUCCAAAAGGCUGAUCUGAUGGUGACCCAGCAGUGGCUUCGGCUCAUUGUAUGGCAAUCUUCAUUCCGACAGGGCCUACUUUCUACAGCUGCUGGUGAUGAGAGCUUUUCCUUUUCCUUCCCACUUUCAAUUGCGCGGGAUACAGCUGCAAUCUUACAGUCCCUUCCCAGCCGCGCAGUCGAGGUGCAUGGGAUGGGCAUUUUCGAAAAAAUAUUCGAGAUUGGGACUUGGAGUGUGAAUGUGAUGGGUGCCUACGACUCAGGCACGACAAACCCCACACGGCCUUUUGGAGGAGCCGCGGACGGCGUGGCAGGAAUGGACUUUGUUGGCGGCGGAUUAUCUCUCUUCGGACCAUCUGGGCGCCGCGCAGCGGUUUUAGAUCCACUGGAAUUCUUCAUCAAGACAUUGAGUGCGAGUCCGAACAGCAAGACAAUGUAUGCGGACAAGCUGCUCAUGUUUGCAGAACAGACUCCAGGUGGAAUGAGAACUAGCCUAAGCCCCUCUAUAUCUUCACUGGAGCCGACAGGAGAGAAUUCCUGGCAUGCAACCAGCGGGGUUGUAGGUGAAGUCAUUGAUGGCAAAAGUUCUGAUGAGAUUCUUGGAAAACUGGAUUUGGCGGCCGAGCCAACGAUGCUAAAUGUUGAUGCUGGUCCAAAGUCGCUCCAUUCCUUGGGAAGAAUUGAUUCUACGUCAACAGAUGAUCUAGGCCUCAGUAUAAUUACGACUCGAAGCUCAGAGUUUGGCAGCGUCAGUAUCUCCGACGGCGGGCCGUUGUCGGCAGGGUUGUCAAAUGCUUUUUCGGAUUUGAGCACGGGAGGCGACGAGUAUAGAUUGAGUAAUGUAUUCACGAGCGACAUGAUUAACGGCGCCGAUAUGGUGGACAUGAAUGGUAUGGACUGCUUCAACUCUUCGGCAUGGGCUGAGUUUGGUUCAACGGAGCAUGACAGGAAAAGGACAACAGCACGAAACACCACGAAUAGCAAUGCUAAGGCGGAACGGGUUCUCGGGAUUUGGUAAUGGAACGAUCGGGAAAUUCCAUAUUUCAUUUGAGCAUGGCUAGUCAGGGUUGUACAUAUUGACUUUUCUCCUCUUUCGGAAUAUGUCAUAUUGAGCUUAUCCUUUGUAUGUAUAUAGUGUUUACAAUCGACAGUGCAGAUAUGUGCUUGUUUCGUCGCGUUAAUUAGAGCAUAACAGCGUAUAAACGUAUGUUGUUAGACCGAAGAAUGACUUAGGAAGGCCAGUUGGUAAUAAACUGAUGUCGAGUUACCACCGUAUAACUGCAUGG